AUGAAAAUAUACUAUACUAUAGCCCUUCUCCUUUUGGUGCCUGUCGCGCCUCUGGUGGUCCAGGGCUCUCGGAUUGGACCUCGUGGACUACUGGAAUGCAACGGCAGCUUCUAUACCGAUGACGACAACUCCUGUGACGAACAGCAAGAGCCGAUUGAAGACGAUUCAUCGACAUACAUCGCUUUGUGUGAUCCUGGGAGUGCCAUGACCGAUGAGCCGCCAGAUGAUGCCAGCUCUUUCAGCUCGUACAGUUCCAGCAACUCUUGGAAGAACUCUGGCCAGAGACUGGGACCAAACGCUGCGGCUGCAGCCAUAGCCCAGAACGCCGCCGAGGUGGCAAAGGCCGCCAAUGAAGCCCAGGCCGGUGCUGCAGAAGAUGCCGCCAAACUGGUCAAAAUGCAACUGGCGGAGAAGGCAAUGCAGGCGGCCCGUGCCGUCAAUGCGGUGCUGGACGGCAAGGAGACGAUCGUCGAGAGCACCCUGCGGCAGCUACGCGAGGCCGAGGAUGUGGUCCGCCAGGUGAUCGCCUCCCUGGUGAUCAGCGAGGCGAACGCCCAGAGCGCCAGUGCGGCUAGCACAUGCGCCCACGCCCAGAAGGGACGCCUCAAGAUUAUCCUCAGACACUACAAGGCCAGACUCUUCAACAUCGAUGACCUCGACAAACAGGUGAUCGCCGAUCUCCGCGAAAAGUUCGAAAUGCUCGCCAAGGCCGAAGAGCGGGCCCAAAGUAUCGAGCGCCAGCUGGUUUCGGCCAUCGAGGAGUACGAGCAGCUGAAGAAGGACGUCAAAAAGGCAGCCACUGCGGCUGAAGAGGCCCGUCAAAAGGCUGCAGCCGUGGCAUCCACACCCAAGGGGCGAAAAUUGGCCACCGCCACUUUGAACGGUAUUCUCGCACUCUAUGGCCAGCGACGCCACCAACGUGAGGCCAAGAUGCUGCAGAUGAAGCAACAGAAGCAACAUUCUUAA